AUGGAAGAUCUCCCAAUGGAUGACAGUCCGGCCCAGCCACACCAGCCACACCAGCCCUUUGAUUUCUCCACCGGGUUUACUGGUUUUCAUGCUGCAGACCCUCAGCCGGAGGAAACUGAGCAUAGCACGGACGACUCAGGACCCUCAACACCUACCCAGAAUACACAUCCGUUCGACAAUAGUGAUGAUGACAUUCGAGUCAUCAAGCCCUAUGAUAUUGAAGAGCCCGACGAUGAGUUAGAAUCCAGCGUGCAAAGGGUAAAUCGACUGUGCCUCCCAGAUCGGUUCGAACGAUGGCAGCGUGACUUGACAGACUACCUCGAUGACAUGGACGACCAACCAGUUGGAUUUAAUCGCAAUAAAAUCCGCUCAAUGCGAAAGAGAGGACAGAAGAGAAAGCCAACCCAUAACACUCCCGCCACACAGCAGUGCAACCCGCCCUUCAAACAAAGAUACGCAUCGGCGGAGAUCCAGCCUCAAGUGGAUGAACACCUCCCCAAAAGACGAAGGGUUAGCGAACCACCACAAUUGUAUCCUUCAAGCAUGGACUCAUUUGGCGAUUUCCGGGAACCCAACGCGAACGAAAGCUCAAGUUCCGAAACACAAUCGAUGGACCUGAGUGGCAACGAGACCAUGGGCAACGAGACCAUGAAUAACUCGCCCAUGGAAGAUGAGAUGGAUCUCGAUUAA